GGUGGAACCAGGAAGGCGGUGAGCUUAAACUGAAGCAAGGUCGGUGAACGCCGGCGGCGCCCAGAUUUGAAGAAACAUUUCUAGGUCUGCGGCGCUUGCAAGUCUACUGGAGGUGUAAGCCCGAAGGCCGGAAUCCAGAAAUGGGCCGCCGGUCAUCAGAUACUGAAGAAGAAAGCAGAAGCAAGAGGAAAAAGAAACACCGUAGACGAUCUUCUUCCAGCAGUUCUUCAGAUAGUAGAACGUACAGCCGAAAGAAAGGCGGAAGGAGAUCAAGGUCAAAGUCAAGAUCUUGGUCCAGAGAUCUUCAGCCUCGCUCCCAUUCUUAUGAUAGAAGACGCAGACAUCGAUCAAGCAGUAGCUCUUCUUACGGCUCUAGAAGAAAACGAAGUCGAAGUCGUUCACGGGGUCGAGGAAAAUCAUACAGAGUUCAGAGGUCUAGGUCAAAAAGCAGAACAAGAAGGUCCCGAUCAAGACCUCGGCCACGUUCCCAUAGUCGAAGCAGUGAAAGGUCAAGUCACAGAAGAACACGUAGUCGGUCUCGGGAUAGAGAACGACGUAAAGGCAGAGAUAAGGAGAAAAGAGAAAAGGAAAAGGAUAAAGGCAAGGACAAGGAAUUACACAACAUCAAACGUGGGGAAUCUGGAAACAUCAAAGCUGGAUUAGAACAUCUGCCACCAGCUGAACAGGCCAAAGCAAGACUGCAGUUGGUUUUAGAAGCUGCUGCAAAAGCUGAUGAAGCAUUGAAAGCCAAAGAAAGAAAUGAAGAAGAAGCAAAGAGAAGAAAGGAGGAAGACCAAACCACCCUGGUAGAACAAGUAAAAAGAGUCAAAGAAAUUGAAGCCAUUGAAAGUGAUUCUUUUGUUCAGCAAACAUUCAGAUCAAGUAAAGAAAUCAAAAAGUCAGUGGAAGCUAGUGAAGUGAAGCAUGCAGCAGCCACAUCAGGACCAGCAUCAGUGGCGUCUGAUCCACCGAGUACCGAGAAGGAAAUAGACCCAAGCAGCAUCCCUACUGCUAUCAAGUACCAAGAUGACAAUUCUCUGGCUCAUCCAAAUUUAUUUAUUGAGAAAGCUGAUGCUGAGGAAAAAUGGUUCAAGAGAUUAAUCGCUCUCCGACAAGAAAGGCUAAUGGGCAGUCCUGUGGCCUAAAGUAAUAUUCAUGUGGUUGAAUUAACAGUAACAUUGGAAAUUUAGGUUUUUAAAUCCUAGUAUUAACUUUUUACUCUUAAAAAUAAUUUAGCUGAUUAUAUAAAAAGGGUAAUCUCAUUUCAUUCUUUUCUCAUGUAGGCUCUACUAGUUGUUGAUUUGAACUUAAUCAAACAUUGUGAAUAUUGAAACUAGUAUAAAGUUUAAGAAUGCAUGAAAAUGUCAUAC